AUGGACCAAGGAAAUAAAUCAAGAGUGACAGAAUUUAUACUGCACAGUCUUUCAGGUUCUCGAGAGCUACAACUUUUCUAUUUUGCAUUUUUUACACUUUUCUAUUUAUCCAUUGUGCUGGGGAAUCUCCUCAUUGUGCUCACUGUCAUCUCUGAACCUGUACUACACACACCCAUGUACUUUUUGCUCAGUAACCUCUCCUUCAUUGAUGUGUGUCUAUCUACCUUUGCCACCCCCAAAAUGAUUGUUGACUUCCUAUUGGAGCACAAAACCAUCUCUUUUGAGGGCUGCAUGGCUCAGAUAUUCUUUCUGCAUGUCUUUGCUGGUGGUGAAAUGAUGCUCCUUGUGGCCAUGGCGUAUGAUAGAUACGUAGCCAUAUGCCGACCCCUACGCUACGCAGCCAUCAUGAGCAUGAGCAAGUGCACAGGCCUUGUGCUUGGUUGCUGGCUCAUUGGGGUUCUGCACUCAGUAAGUCAGCUGGCCUUCACAGUAAACCUUCCAUUCUGUGGCCCCAAUACAGUGGACAGUUUUUUCUGUGACCUGCCCCUGGUUAUCAAACUCGCCUGCACUGAUACCUUUACUCUUGAGGUACUGAUGUUUUCAGACAGUGGCCUAAUGGCCAUGAGCUCCUUCAUGCUCCUGCUGAUCUCCUACACGGUCAUCCUGGUCACUGUGCGACGGCGCUCCUCAGUGGGCAUGGCCAAGGCAAGGGCCACCCUGACUGCCCACAUCACUGUGGUGACCCUCUUCUUUGCACCCUGCAUCUUCAUUUAUGCCUGGCCUUUUAGCAACCUCCCAGUGGAUAAGGUUCUCUCAAUAUUUUAUACUGUUUUCACCCCUCUCUUAAACCCCUUGAUCUACACCUUACGAAAUAAAGAGGUAGUAUCAGCCAUGAGAAAACUAAGGAGUCGACAACUGAGUGCCUGACAGUCUCCCAGCUCUCCCUUGUAA